AGCCAUGCGCCGCUGAGCGCACCGCGCGCGCCCCCGCCCCGGACCGGCCCCGGGCCCCGGCCCCGGCCCCCCCCGCCCGGCGCCGCCCAUGGCCGAGGCCCCCCCGCGCCGCCUCGGCCUGGCGCCCCCGCCCGGGGACGCCCCCCGCGCCGAGCUGGUGGCGCUCACGGCGGUGCAGAGCGAGCAGGGCGAGGCGGGCGGGGGCGGCUCCCCGCGCCGCCUCGGGCUCCUGGGCAGCCCCCUGCCGCCGGGCGCGCCCCUCCCUGGGCCGGGCUCGGGCUGCGGCUCCGCCUGCGGCCAGCGCUCCUCCGCCGCGCACAAGCGCUACCGCCGCCUGCAGAACUGGGUCUACAACGUGCUGGAGCGACCCCGCGGCUGGGCCUUCGUCUACCACGUCUUCAUAUUUUUGCUGGUCUUCAGCUGCCUGGUGCUGUCUGUGCUGUCCACUAUCCAGGAACACCAGGAACUUGCCAAUGAGUGUCUCCUCAUCUUAGAAUUCGUGAUGAUCGUGGUGUUCGGUCUGGAAUACAUCAUCCGGGUCUGGUCCGCGGGCUGCUGCUGCCGAUACCGAGGAUGGCAGGGCCGCUUCCGGUUCGCCAGAAAACCCUUCUGUGUCAUCGACUUCAUCGUGUUCGUGGCCUCGGUGGCGGUCAUCGCCGCGGGAACGCAGGGCAACAUCUUUGCCACCUCUGCGUUGCGCAGCAUGCGCUUCCUGCAGAUCCUGCGCAUGGUGCGCAUGGACCGCCGCGGCGGCACCUGGAAGCUCCUGGGUUCGGUGGUCUAUGCGCACAGCAAGGAGCUGAUCACCGCCUGGUACAUUGGUUUCCUGGUGCUCAUCUUCGCCUCCUUCCUGGUCUAUCUGGCCGAGAAGGACGCCAAUUCAGACUUCUCCUCCUACGCUGACUCGCUCUGGUGGGGGACGAUUACAUUGACAACCAUCGGUUACGGUGACAAGACGCCACACACAUGGCUGGGCAGGGUCCUGGCUGCCGGCUUCGCCUUACUGGGCAUCUCCUUUUUUGCCUUGCCUGCCGGCAUCCUUGGCUCUGGCUUUGCCCUGAAGGUCCAGGAGCAGCACCGGCAGAAGCACUUUGAGAAGCGCAGGAUGCCAGCAGCGAACCUCAUCCAGGCUGCAUGGCGUUUAUACUCCACGGACACCAGCCGGGCCUAUCUCACGGCCACCUGGUACUACUACGACAGCAUCCUCCCAUCCUUCAGAGAGCUGGCCCUCUUGUUUGAGCACGUGCAGCGGGCCCGCAAUGGGGGCCUGCGGCCCCUGGAGGUGCGGCGGGCACCGGUACCCGACGGAGCACCCUCCCGUUGCCCGCCCGUUGCCACCUGCCACCGCCUGGGCAGCACCUCCUUCUGCCCUGGGGAAAGCAGCCGGAUGGGCAUCAAAGACCGCAUCCGCAUGGGCAGCUCCCAGCGGCGGACAGGUCCUUCCAAGCAGCACCUGGCACCCCCGCCCACGCCGACCUCCCCGAGCAGUGAGCAGGUGGGUGAGGCCACCAGUCCCACCAAAGUGCAGAAGAGCUGGAGUUUCAACGACCGCACCCGCUUCCGGGCCUCUCUGCGGCUAAAACCCCGCGCCUCAGCUGAGGAGGGUCCCUCGGAGGAAGUGGCAGAGGAGAAGAGCUACCAGUGUGAGCUGACGGUGGAUGACGUCAUGCCUGCGGUGAAGAUGGUCAUCCGCUCCGUCAGGAUUCUGAAGUUCCUGGUGGCCAAAAGGAAAUUCAAGGAGACGCUGCGACCCUAUGAUGUGAAGGAUGUCAUCGAGCAGUACUCGGCAGGGCACCUGGACAUGCUGGGCCGGAUCAAGAGCCUGCAAGCACGGGUGGACCAGAUUGUGGGCCGGGGGCCCGGCGACAGGAAGACCCGGGAGAAGGGCGACAAGGGGCCCUCUGACUCGGAGGCGGUAGAUGAAAUCAGUAUGAUGGGGCGCGUGGUCAAGGUGGAGAAGCAGGUCCAGUCCAUUGAGCACAAGCUGGACCUGCUGUUGGGCUUCUACUCGCGCUGCCUGCGCUCCGGCACCUCGGCCAGCCUGGGCACCGUGCAAGUGCCGCUCUUCGACCCCGACAUCACCUCCGACUACCACAGCCCCGUGGACCACGAGGACAUCUCCGUCUCUGCACAGACGCUCAGCAUCUCCCGCUCGGUCAGCACCAACAUGGACUGAGGGGCUUCUCAGGGGCCAGCGUGGGUCAGCCCCGCGGCCUGGCGCUCGGAUCCGCCCUCCGAGGCCUCCAGACUUCUACUUGAACUCGCUCCCUCGAGGGAGAGAGGCCACACGCAGUAUUGAGCUGCCUGGGUCGGCGAGGUACC